AUGUCCAUCAUACCUCUAUGCUGCAAGAUUGCAUGGGAGGUUGUCUAUGGCCUGCUUUAUCCCUCCAAAAGUCAGCUUGAACGGGCACUGAUCAUUUUAGAGUUGGUCAUCGACUUUGGCAUUACAUAUGCCGCAAUUAUCCUUUCGCCACGAGAAUGGACCUAUGCGCCACUAGUCGAGCAGAAACUCCGUAGCAUCCCUACGCUGGCGUUCUCGUGUGGGUUGGCUUUUGCUGAGCGUUGA